AUGGCCAGCGAAACCAACAGCACGAAACCAACACAAAUUCGAGACUUUACCAACGAGAACCUGACCGCACCGGGAAGAUUUGCUUGGAACGAAAGUCUGAUGAUCGAUCCGAACGGAUUCAUUGGGAAGGCACCAUUGCUGAACAGUGGCGUGUGGAGUUGGAUCACGACCGUCUUCGGUAUGCCGAUCUUUAGUGUAUUUGCCUACCGGGCAGCUCCUCGCAACUGUCCACCCUGCUCCUGUGGUACGAACACAAACAACUCAAAGAUUGUCGGAGGUCAUGAAGCCGAGAUCGGACAUUAUCCGUGGAUGGCAGCACUAUAUUACAACCACCGGUUCAUCUGCGGAGGAUCGCUGAUCAACGAUCGGUAUGUCCUGACGGCGGCACACUGUGUGUUUGGCAGUGAUCGGUCGCUGUUCCGUGUGAAGUUGUUGAUGCACGAUCGCACCGUACCCAAGGAAGAUUCUUUCGAGCGUAAGGUGUCCUACAUAAUGACCAACUGGUUCUUGAACGUGCUUGUGUUCAUUACCAACGACGUUGCGCUGCUGAAGCUGAGUGAACCGGUUCCUCUUGGCGAAACGAUAGUGCCAGUGUGCUUGCCACCGGAAGGCACUACGUACGCCGGACAGGAGGGUAUCGUGACGGGAUGGGGUAAACUUGGCGAUGGGACGUUCCCCAUGCGUCUGCAGGAAGUGCACGUCCCGAUUCUGGCCAAUGAGGAUUGCCACAAUCAAACACAAUACUUCCGGUUCCAGAUCAACGAUCGCAUGAUGUGUGCUGGGAUUCCCGAGGGCGGCAAAGACUCCUGUCAAGGCGAUAGUGGAGGCCCUAUGCAUGUGUUUGAUGCAGAAGCAAACCGGUUCGUGAUUGCGGGCGUCGUUUCAUGGGGCUUCGGAUGUGCACAGCCCCGAUUUCCGGGAAUAUAUGCCCGAGUGAACCGAUUCAUUUCCUGGAUUAACUUCAACACCAGAGACGCGUUUUGUGGUGUUGGUGGACGCACUAAUCGCAUCGUUGGAGGCGCCGAAACCACCGCGCAUCAAUUCCCAUGGCUGGCUGGUCUCUUCCGGCAGGGCAAGCUGUACUGCGGAGCGUCUGUAGUUUCCCGCAAUUAUCUAGUCACGGCCGCACACUGUGUGAACUCGUUCGAACCAAGCGAGAUUAGGGUUUACCUGGGAGGUCACAACAUUGCCAAGGAUUACACCGAGCUUCGUCGGGUGAAGCAGAUCAUUGACCACGAGGACUUUGAUAUCUUCACGUUCAACAACGACAUUGCGCUGCUGGAACUCGAUAAACCACUGCGUUAUGGACCCACUAUUCAGCCAGCAUGUCUGCCGGACGGAAGUAUAACGGAUUUCACCGGAUCUAUCGGGGUGGUCGCCGGAUGGGGAAGGAUCGAAGAGAAGCGUGCCCCCUCGAAGACGUUACGAUCGGUUGAGGUGCCAAUCUGGUCGCAGGAGCAGUGUCUGGACGCCGGUUACGGAAGUAAGAAGAUCUCAGCCAACAUGAUGUGCGCUGGUUACCACGAUGGUCAAAAGGAUGCCUGCCAGGGUGAUAGCGGUGGUCCGAUGCAUAAGAUGGGUCUGUUUGGCAGCAUGGAAGUGAUCGGUGUUGUUUCGUGGGGACGGGGAUGCGCUCGUCCGAAUCUGCCCGGCAUCUACACGCGUAUUGUCAACUACUUGCCGUGGAUUCAUGACAAGCUUGCCAACGAAUUCACAAGAAACCAUAGCAUAUUGAUCAUUGGUACGGUAUUAGCGACGCUAGUGUUUGCUGGAAAUGUGAGCAAAGCAGAAGGAAGCGCGCUUUGGAAUGAUACGGAGCUAAUCAGCCGAAAUGGACGGUUUCUGUUCGACACAUUGUUUGGACUGAACACGGCAGCAUUUUCGCUCGAUGAUGAUGAUGACCUGAGCAACAACCAGGUGAAAAGCUGUGACUGUGAAUGUGGAGCAGCUAAUCAGGAAAUUCGAAUAGUAGGAGGACGCCCGACGGGAGUGAACCAAUAUCCAUGGCUGGCACGUCUAGUUUACGAUGGUCAGUUCCAUUGCGGAGCAUCACUUCUCACGAGGGAUUACGUCCUGACUGCUGCGCAUUGCGUUCGAAGACUGAAGCGUAACAAGAUCCGUGUAAUUCUCGGUGACUAUGACCAGUUUGUAGCAUCUGAGACACCGGCGAUAAUGCGCGCGGUGACUGCCAUCAUACGUCACCGUAGUUUCGAUCAAAACUCGUACAACCACGAUAUAGCCUUGUUGAAGUUGCGCAAACCCGUCGAGUUCACCAAAACCAUCCGGCCGGUAUGUUUGCCCAAGGAACGCAGUGAACCAGCCGGUCAGCUGGGAACGGUUGUCGGUUGGGGUAGGACCUCGGAAGGUGGAACACUUCCGGCGUUGGUGCAGCACGUGGAUGUACCGAUCUUGACGCUGGAUCAGUGUCGCAGCAUGAAGUAUCGUGCGUCUCGUAUAACUUCAAACAUGCUGUGCGCUGGUAAAGGCAAGCAGGACUCUUGCCAGGGUGACUCCGGUGGCCCACUGCUGGUUCGAAACGGUGAUAAGCACGAAAUUGUAGGGAUUGUAUCGUGGGGCGUCGGAUGUGGCCGGGCAGGCUAUCCUGGCGUAUAUACGCGAGUUGCGCGGUACCUUCCCUGGCUGCGCGCUAACCUGGACGACACCUGCCUCUGCUCGAACAUGAUGCUGGGAGUGAUGUUGUUGGCGGUAUUGGGCCUGAUGGUCGGUGAAGCAUCCGGGAAGCUGCAGGCUCAAGGCAAAUACGAAAUGCUAGCGACACCCAACAAGAACACCGACGAACGGAGCAUAGUCGAUAACAUGAAGAUGUUGUUCGGAGCGGGCAGCAAUCGAGCCCCUGCUCAUGAUACACCUGCCAGCGCCUGUAGCUGUCGAUGUGGCGAGCGGAACGACGCGUCGAGGAUCGUCGGCGGCCAGGCGACGGGCGUGAACGAGUUUCCCUGGAUGGCGCGAUUAAGUUACUUCAAUCGGUUCUACUGCGGUGGCAUGCUCAUCAACGACCGAUACGUUCUAACGGCCGCGCACUGCGUGAAAGGCUUCAUGUGGUUCAUGAUCAAGGUGACGUUCGGUGAGCAUAACCGGUGCGACGACUCCGUUCGACCGGAAACACGCUUCGUGUUACGAGCGAUCGCCCAGAAGUUCAGCUUCUUAAACUUCGACAACGACAUCGCGCUGCUGCGGCUGAACGAUCGUGUACCGAUAACGGACUUCAUUCGCCCGAUCUGCCUGCCAUCCGAUCCGAGCAAUGCGUACGUCGGCACCAACGGAACGGCCACCGGCUGGGGGACACUGAAGGAGGACGGCAAGCCGUCUUGCAUCCUGCAGGAAGUGGAGGUACCGGUCCUAUCGAACGAAGUCUGCAGUACGCAAACGAACUACACGGCAUCCAUGAUCACGGACAACAUGAUGUGCGCCGGCUAUCUGGGUGUAGGCGAAAAAGACUCUUGCCAGGGUGAUUCCGGUGGUCCGCUGAUCGCCGAGCGAGAGGACAAACGGUACGAACUGAUCGGAGUCGUGUCGUGGGGUAAUGGUUGCGCUCGGCCCUACUAUCCCGGCGUGUACACACGGGUGACACGCUACCUGGACUGGAUCCGCGAAAACUCCAAGGACGGUUGCUUCUGCAGCGAGUAA